AUGACGGCGACGAAGCUCUUGGCGCUGAGACGAGCGACGACGAGUUGUUACGCGACAUCAUCGUCCGUUAUCUUUUAUCGCAGGAAAUGCGAUGACGGCGUGCUGACGCGAAAGAGAUUUGUAUGCGCGUCUUCGAGCAGCUCAAAUGAGUCUUCUUCCUCCUCGGAAGAAGCGCCAAGCGCGAACGGCGGGGACAGAGCGUACACGCCAAAGAAAGUAUGGGGACCUCCUUUGGAGGUAUCGAAAACGCUCAACCGAAGGCCGACGGUUCUCGAAUGGCGAGGGCCGAAUUUUCCGCAAGAUCAAAGCGAUGGAUUAGUUUUCUUGGUGGAUAAACCGCAAGAGUGGACUUCGUUCGACGUGUGCGCGAAAAUCAAAUCUAUGAGUAAGAAAAUGGGGGUGAAGAAGAUUGGACACUGCGGUACAUUGGAUCCGAUGGCGACUGGGUUGUUGAUUGUUGUCAUCGGUAGAGCAACAAAGUUGGCGGAUGAGUACCAAGCGAAGGUGAAGACGUAUACUGGGACGAUUAAGUUAGGCGAGAAGACGGCAUCGGGUGAUGCGGAUAACGAAGUCAUAGAAACGAAACCGUUUGGCGAGGACAUUGUGAACGAGGCGUCGAUGGAGGCUGCAAGGGCGAGUUUGAUCGGCGACAUCGAGCAGAUUCCACCGAUGUUCUCUGCCGUGCACGUUGAUGGUAAACGACUCUACGAAUCCGCGAGAGAAGGCAAAACGGUGGAAAGGAAACCGCGACCGGUUCACGUGGGAGCGUUUUCUAUAAAAAGACGAGAGACUGAAAACGAAACGCAUUUGAUCGAUUUCGAAGUCACGUGUUCAAAAGGCACGUACGUUCGAACGUUAGCGGAAGACUUUUGCGAAAAAAUGGGUACCGUUGGUCAUUUAGUUAAACUGCGCAGAGAGAAAAUAGGCGAUUUUGACGUGAAGGAUGCGUUCGAACUUCCCGCCUUGCUCGAUGAGAUAUCAAUCACAGUUUCGGAACACCAAAAUCAAAAAAAUAGCUACCAGUAG